AUGGGCAGUAUAGAAACCAAAUCCAUAGGCUGCUAUACAAUAAAGACGAUGGAAGAUAAUUCAUUACCUAGUUAUCUCUUGUCCAUGAUCGAUAAGGGACAUGAUGAUGAGAAUAUCAUGCAUUGGAUAGAUUCCAUCGAUAGUCUCCAAGUAUUCAAGCGAAGUGAUAAUGAUUGCAGACCUGAUCAACAUCUAAUCAAGCAAUUGGAGGAGACUUUCAAUCAAUCAUCUUGGUCAAGUAAGGUUUAUGCUUUAACGAUCAUGAUUGCUUUAUUGAAACAAGAUCAAUCCUCUGCUUAUCAAGAUUAUUAUAAAUCAUGGUAUAAAAUGUUGAUGCAUUUACUGCAAGGGAAAAUAGCAUCGAUGAGACCCAACUUCAAGCGAUUAGUCAAUGUAGCUAUAGCGAAAUUGCUAGUUAGAAUAGCACGCGUAAGUGAUACUGCUAAUCAAUUUAUAACUCAUCAUUUAUCUGCAUUAGUUCAGUAUAUGACUAAGUUAGAUUCCACUCAGGUCGAUGGAUCAUUCUUAGCACUAUUGACGACAUUGUUGCAACAUUAUUCUUCUGCAUGUGGACAAUAUCAUAAACCGUUAAGGAGAUGGAUUAUUCAAUGCAUGCAACAUCAGCAUGAUCUAAUUUGGCCUUUAGCAUGUCAAAAUUUAAUUGCAUUAACAAAAUGCGGUGGAAGUGGAAAUGCAGGGAGUAAACAUAUUGAAAAUUGGUAUCAAUUAUGCAAUGAAUUAAUCGCCACACUACAAUCGGAUUGGCAUCAAUUAUAUAAAGAUAUCGAUCAAUUAAAAGGAGAAGGCAUGGUCUUAAUACCAUCCAAUGCAUCGAUAUCACCUAUUCAAUGGCAACCAUUGCCAACGGAUGAACCCAAUCGUACGUAUACCUUAAUACAUCAAGUACAGGUUGGAUGUACAUGUUUAACCUUGCUAUUACAACAAGAAUUUGCCUAUCCUGUAUCAAUUCCCAUUGCUACGUUGAUCAAGAUUAUUUCCAACAUCAUCAAUGUCAAUCAUCGCAAUAUUCAACAAGAUCAACAUCGUAACAUUGAAACAACAUUGCUUUUAUCUUGUAUAUCUAAACUCCAUUGCCAUGCCAUUCAUUUAUUAUCUGCAUUAAUUCAUAGUAGUCGUUGCCAUCUUCUACCAUAUUAUUCACUUAUAACGAAAAUUCUUCUCAAAGUAUUGGAGAUAACACAACAACAAGAUUGGCCUCAGGAUUGUCGAAAGCCCUUUUUAACAUUACGAAAAUUAACUUAUCAAGUCCUGUCUGAGUUAUUAUUACUUGUAUCAACAGAUACUUUACAAUAUACUGAUGAAUUCAUUCAUCAUAUCAUGUAUGAUAUGAAGCCUAAUGUUUAUACUACAAAGUUACAAGCUUCCACUACUGCCAAUAAUUCAAGUCAAUCCAAAGUUGGCCAAAGUAAAAAGAAGCGAAAAGGUCGACAAUAUCAAUAUGAAGAUAUCAAUUCUAACUUUAGAAAUGACAACAGGAUAAAUCCUUUUCUUAAUCAGGAGAUAUGUACAGCAGCUUUGAAAUUAUUACAGACGAUGAUUAUAUGUUUAGGUUCUUCUAUUGACGCUACGUUAUUCCAAACGAUCACUAACUUUAUUACUCAAUCGCUGAUGCAGAUUCAGCAAGGAUUCACUUGCAAUCCUACUAUAUCGUCUGGUAAUACUAUACCUGUACCAUAUUCAAGUGGAGCGUGCCGAUUAGAGCUUUAUCGUAGCUUAUUAUCAUGUGUUCAAGUAUCCUGUUGUAGUAAAAUGCCGACCAUACUACGUUAUGCAAUUCAGAUUUUAAGCCACGGAAAGCGUGAUUUCGAUAUAGAAAUUAUUAAAUUUUGCUAUGAAGCACUGGCAACUUGUACGAUGUUAAUCCAUACCACUAGACCUACUUUGCCAACAACUGUACCGACUAAUAGCAGCCUGACUAGUGGGCAAGACCUAUUCAAUAAAGUUAACAGUCUUAAUCACUUGAAUACAGUUAGAGAUACACUUAAAGAUAACAAGAAUUUAGCUCUAUCAAAUCAGUUUAUUACUACUGUGGAUGAACUAAAAGUUGUAAAAAAUCUUAGUGAUGAUAACGAUGAUGGAAAUGGGAUAGCGAGUAACAGUAAUAAAUUUGAAAUCAUUAAGGAUUCGUCAACAACUGAAGACCAAGACAAUAAACAUGUUAUGUCAUUUCAGGCAUCGAACGCGAUACAGCGUCGUGAAAUUGCUAUGCAAGAUCAGCAAAAUGAUGAUAAGGGUGUUGUAGUUCCAAACGUAAAUGUUAGUGAAACGGUUACUAUGAACUCUGUUGAAAAAGUUGCAGCCAUGUCUAGUAGACAACAGGAAGAUAGUCCGAAUACAUUGACAAAUCAGAUACCAACGCUAAAAAGAGAUAUGGAUAGUAUUGAUGAAGGUGCCGGUGUUGGGAAAAACUUUACCAGUAAAGAUACAGAACCAGUUAGUAAGCGUGUUCGAUUCAAUAUCAAUAACCAACAAACAGAUACAUGUGAUGAUCUCGAACAAUCGGAGAUGCAACUUACAAACACAAAUGAAACUGCUAAACCGGAGGACAGUACCGAUGAUGAUCGUGUGAAAGCUAUGCUAGACAGUUUCGUCGAUUCUCAACCCGAUUCCGAUGAUGUUGAUGAUAACGAUGGCGAUGCUUAA